GGCAUGCUACAGGACUGCCACAUCAUCUCACCUCCCCUGGUGUCUACCCGCAAUUUCGAGGUGAUCGCCUCCAGCAGGCGGCCGGGCAACACCGAGGCGAGCAGGCCACGCUUGGUGUCCAGCGACCUGUGCACCAUCGAGGGCAUGACGCAGCGCCCCUACGUGCACAGGGCAGAGAUCGGCAAGCGGCCUCUCGUCGACUUGUUCUCCCAGGGGAGCUUGAACGACACUGAGGACGAAGAGAAAGCGGAGGAGAAGGAGGACCCCAGGCCAGACGUGACGGACUCGUGCGACAAUGUGAUCGGCUUCGACCUGAAG